CGGUCGCCGCCUAGAUGUGUCACCUGACUUGCCACCGUCCUCCACUCUCGUCUCAGAUUUGACCCCAAAGUCAAGCGGCAAGCAGCAGCAGCAGGUUCCCGUGUCGCCAUGAGCUGGAUGGGGAAGCGGGGGUUGGGUGGGGAGAGCCCGCACUGUCGGAGAAGACGAACGAGGGCUGGCGGCCCCGGAGCUACCUCCACUACCUCGCCGCCGCAUCCAGUCCGACCCUGCCUCCUGCAAGCACGGCGACUUCUUCGACACCGUCUGGGCGGGCCACGAGCUAACCACGCCCAAUCUCUUCAGGUCAGUACACUACAGUAGGCAAUUUGGGAUAUUUUUUUUGAAACUGAAAUUGAGGAAAUUUUGACACAAUUGAGUGUGGAGACAAUUGAGUGUGGAGACUGAGUUGUUUGGUUAAUUAGUUAAUCAGGACGUACACCAGAGACAAUUUGUCGCAACAUUGACACGAUUAUGUGAUGUAGAGAUAAUGAGAUAUGCUCAUGUUUUACUGCUACUCGAACCCUGAUAUGUAUCGUGGUUUUCGUGGGAUAAUAUAAUUGAGUCCGUUCAAUCCGUUGAGGAGGCCUCGUGGUUAUCUUUUUUUUUUUCACGUUUCUCGCGUAGUGGUUAGUGCCCACCUCGCAGCCGUGGACUCCUGUUACCGAAUUAUUUGGCGAUCUGGCGCUGAUUUCUUGGCGCGGCCACCAAAAAUUUCUCGCGCGCCGGCGCACCACGCACCAAAUCAGGUCCUAAACUAACCGCCAUAGUCUCCUGGUCCUCUUUGAAAACAAACACGUCCUCGUUCUCCAAACCAAUCUAGCUUGAGGGGUGCCCGGCGUCCCUCUGCUUCCACUCCGGCGGGUGGUCAGGAAAUCCUCUGCUUCCUCUGCGAUGGCCGAUCAAUCGGCACGCAGCGAUCACAGUGGGGCGCCACGGUAUCAUUCUCUUCUCCCUCCCCAUUCCCCUCUCUCCUCGUCUCUGUCACACCCCCUUGAGUACUUCUCUUCUUUUCUGUCUCGCGUGAUUGUGCUGAUUGUCCAUUAUUUGUACAUUGCAAUUUCUUUUCUGCACGAUCCAUCAGUAUUGGUUUGUUGGCGGUUCAUAAUUUUAGUUUGGCAAGUUUUCUUGUUGUACGAGUUGAUCUUGUUUCCUUUCUUUUCUUUCUAAACCAUGUUAGCCGGGAACUAAUUAUGUAAGAAACGGAGAGAAUAUUUGUAGAACCUUAAAUCUAGGAUUCAGCUGGUAUGCUCACAAAAAGGUUAUGUUUUAUGUGUUUACUACAAUAGCAACUUAUGUCCAACGAGUAUGUGCUUCUGAUGGCCAUGAAUAACCUGAAGAGUUCCCUCAGUUUCUGGUUCAGAAAGUUGAAAUAGGUAUUAAUAAACUUGCACAUUAGUUAGCUUGUUUGGAUAGAGCUCCUAAUGACCAUCUUGUUAGUUAUGGCCAAUGUAGGCCAAAUAUAGAAUUGUUUGAUUGAUUUUCUCAUUGUUACUAUAUAAUUAAUAUAUAUCACACUUUAUGUUCAUGAUUAAAUCCAAUGCUUAUACUAUACCUCCUACUUCCAUUCUACAUUUUUGUAGCAAUGUAGAUGUCGACCGUAGUUGGAUGUACAAAGAGAGACGAGGGAAGUUGAUCAGUGAUGCUUGGCAACAUGGAGUAGAUAAUUUCCUAGAUCAUGCAUUCUCAUUGCCCGAUGCUGCUGUAGAUGGGAAAUCCCAUUGUCCUUGCAGCAAGUGCUUUUGCGGUCAUAAGUGGACAAGGGAUGUCAUGACCACACACUUGUGCAGCAAUGGGUUCAUGUUAGGAUAUGAGAGAUGGACUAGCCACGGGGAGUCUGAUGCACCUGAAAAUGUAGAGCAUGAUAACGUGGGGGAUGGAGAUAGAAUGAAUGACAUGCUAGUUGAUGCAAUUGUUGCUGAAGGAGUUUCUAAAGGUGAUGAGCCAACAAAAUCUGCCAAAUAAUUCUAUGAAAUGUUGAUGGAAGCCGACAAACGUUUGCAUGAGAAGACCACACAAUCACGUCUAUCCAUUGUAGGAAGGCUAAUGACUAUUAAAACACAACAUAAUCUGUCAGAAGCUUGUUACAAUGAGAUGAUGACUCUCAUACAUGACAUUGUUGGGGACGAUGCUGCAAAAGAUCUCCCAGCAAACUUCCAUAGGUCCAUGAAGCUUGUGCAUAGUCUAGCAAUGCCUUACGUCAAAAUUUAUGCAUGCCCCAAUAAUUGUAUGAUUUAUUAUAAAGAGAAUGAAAAUAAAGAAAAAUGCACUAUCUGCAAAGAACCUAGAUAUGAGGAAACAACCGCAGGAAAUAAAUCUACGAAGAUACCAAGAAAAGUUUUGCGCUAUCUCCCAAUUACUCCUAGGCUACAACGGUUGUACAUGUCACAAAGCACUGCCAAGCACAUGGACUAUCACGCAAGGCCUCAUAACAGCGAUGAAGUAAUGGUUCACCCUUCUCAUGGUGAAGCUUGGAAGGAAUUUAAUAAGGAAUUUAAAAAAUUUGCUGAGGAAGUAAGGAAUAUAAGGCUAUGUCUAGCGACUGACGGCUUCACACCUUUUGAAAUUAAAGCAGCCUCCUACUCAUGUUGGCCAGUAUUUGUUGUACCUUAUAAUCUUCCACCAGAAAUGUGCAUGAAGCAGAGUAACCUGAUCCUUGCACUAGUUAUUCCCGGUCCAGAUCAUCCAGGAAAGAACCUAAACGUUUUUAUGCAGCCUCUAGUUGACGAACUUGAUGAUUUGUGGAGAAAUGGUGUAGAAACUUAUGAUAGUUAUCGAAAGCAAAAUUUCACCUUGAAGGCAGGUUUGCUUUGGACUAUUCAUGACUUUCCAGCUUAUGGAUUAGUAGCAUGCUAGAGCACUCAUGGAAAGCUUGCUUGCCCUAUAUGUGGAUCUGACAUAAAGACAUUCUCAUUGAAGAAUGGGAGAAAGCCAUGCUGGUUUGAUUGCCAUAGGAGAUUCCUUCCCACUGACCAUGCAUUUCGUAGGAGUGUGAAAUGUUUUCGCAAGAAAAAAACAGUUUUAGAUCCUCCACCAAAGCCCUUGUCCGGAGAAGAGGUGUAUGAAGAACUCCAAAGUCUUGUCCAUGAUGAAACUGGCAAGAGUAAAUUUGAGGGGUUUGGGAAGGAGCACAAUUGGAUAGCUAUAAGUGGUUUGUGGCAGCUAGAGUAUUUUCGGAAGUUGCUGCUUCGCCAUAACAUUGAUGUAAUGCACAAUGAGAAAAAUGUAUCUGAGGCUUUACUAAACACAUGCCUUGAUAUUCCUGAGAAAACUAAGGAUAACAACAAAGCACGCCUUGAUGUUGCUUUGUAUUGUGAUUGACCAAAGCUACACCUGAACAAGAAUUCAAGGGGUGUGUGGAAGAAACCUAGAGCGAAAUAUUGUGUCAGCAAGGAAGAUAGAAUGACCAUCCUUAAGUGGUUUAAAGAAGUGAAGUUUUCUGAUGGGUUUGCUGCUAAUUUGAGUAAAACUGUCAACUUGAGUAAAAACAAAUUCAUUGGGCUAAAAAGCCAUGACCACCACAUCAUCAUGGAGCGCCUCCUGCCAGUUGCCCUACGAGGCUUCAUCCCAGAACCUGAAUGGAAGGUCAUAGCAGAGUUAAGUUUUUUUUAUCGGCAAUUGUGUGCCAAAGAAAUUGCUCCAAAACGGAUGCGUGAACUUGAGGAGGAGGUUCCUGUUCUAUUAUGCAAGCUUGAGAAAAUGUUCCCACCAGGCUUCUUCAAUGUAAUGCAACACCUGAUAGUGCAUCUUCCAUAUGAGGCAAGGGUUGGCGGCCCUGUGGCAUAUCGUUGGAUGUAUGUUUUUGAGAGGGCAAUGCACUAUCUUCGUUUAAAAGUGCGAAACAAGGCAAGAGUGGAGGGUUCAAUCGUUGAAGCUUGUAUCGUGCAGGAGAUCACGAAUUGUGUUUCUCUUUACUUUAGUGAUCGCGUUCGCACUAUAUGGAAGAAGAAUCCUCGAUAUAAUAAUGGAGGAACACGCGUGCAGAAUGAUGGUUGCACCUUAGAUGUGUUUCAGCAUGUAGGAAACCUACAUGGGAGGCCUAUUGCCCGAGAACUAUCGCGUGACGAGUUGAAUGCAGCAAGGCUGUACAUUUUGACUAACUGCUCUGCUGUUGAUAGAUUUCGUGAAACAUUUGAAGAUGAAAAAUAUGCAAGUCAUCCAAACUUGACAUCGGAGGGCCUUGAUGAAAUGAUGGCAUCCGAAUUUGUGGAAUGGUUCGAGAUUGCUUGCAAAGAAGAUCCUAAUUCUGAUGAGGACUUGUGGAAUUUAGCUAAUGGAUGCAGCUCUAGAGCCUAUUCCUAUAGCUCCUAUGAUGUGAAUGGCUUUCGCUUUAGAUCAGAGAUAUCUGAAAAAAAACGUAGAAGGUUGAAAACGGUGAACACAGGGGUUUGUUUGUCAUCCACCGCCAAUUGGUCCAAAAAAUGAUCAGAAACCGGUAUUGUGUUGGGAGGACUACAAGUGGUCCCCUGGUCCAGAAGUAAGAACAGCAGCUUCCAAAAUAGUGGAAGAAUUUUGGUGGCGUUUCAAGUGCGACCCAUCGGAGCAAGAGAAGGCAGAUGGUGUUUUGGAGGAGAACUUAACUAGGAAAGUGAAGCAGAUGCUACAUGAGGAAAAGGCGGCAGCCAUAAAAAUAUUAAAGAAGAAGGGACAAUUGCCUACAGAACUAACAAAAGAGGAUGAGGAUGGUAACCGCUGGCCAACUAAGGAAGCUUUAAUUUCUGCAAAGAGAGUUGACUUUGGAACAGACGUUGGUUGGCGUCUACUAUGUGAGCACUGGACUAGUACUGGAUUUAGAGGGUUAUCUUUAACCAACAAGAGGAACAGACUUGCUAAUGGGAACACUGUCUUCCAUUGCAGUGGUGCUAGAAAUGUUGUCGCCACGCGUCAAUUUCUGAAACUCAAAACCGGGAAAGACCCUGGAAUUUCUGGUGCUUGGCUUCACACGCACAAAUUGCAUCGAGGGACUGAUGAAGAGCAGAUAUGCAGUCAAAGAACUGCUGAUCAUUGGGAGGAUUUUGAUAAGGCAAUGAAAAAUGCCCAUGGAGAAAAUUGGGAAGAGGAGCACCCGGAUUUAGAUGGACAGAUCAUCUAUGAAGCAUCAGGCAGAAUGCCACAUGGCAGGCUGGGAAUUGCUAAUGAGUUGUUUAGCAAAGCAGAGAAGGCGAAGUUUAAGUCUAAAAGGGCGAUGGCCUCACAGCCGGUGCAGUCUGCUAAGGAGGAGCGUCUAGAAAGAGAAAACAAACAUUUGAAGCAGGAGAUCAAGCGUCUUCGAGGCAUUGAGCUUGUUGUUCAGUCUUUGGCUGAGAAAGGGGGAGUCGACUUUGAUGGCAUAAUGCAAUCAGCAGCAGAUGACUUGGUGGAUUUCAAAGGGGACGAGGUGAUGUGCCUCAACACCAAACCGAAAAGGGAAUGGGAAGCAGGACUGGAGGCAGUACGAGUCAUGGAAAUGAUGAUGAGGAUGACUACUAUGGCAAUGGGGGAUAUGAUAACUAUGGCGAGGGUGAUCUGUAUGGUGAUGAGCACUAUGAUCACUAUGGCCAUGGGGAAUAUGAUGACUAUGGAGAUGAGGAUGACUAUGGCUAUGGCGGUGGCGAUGGCGAUGAUGAUGAUUGGCUAUAAAAGUCUAAUGAUAUUCAAGUCAUGCCAAAAUGUAGUUAUGUUAGAUAUUUGAAACACUUUAUUAUCUUAUGGACAAAUUUGUCUUAGUUGACAAUUUAUCUUAUGCACAAUGUGGCCAAUCUCAGUUACUAUUUUGUUCUGCAUUCGACAUUUGAUAAUUAUGGUUAAUGCAAUUUGGAUGCAACUCAA